CCGAGCAACCAACAGCACCAUGCACGCCUCCGUGAUCGCCCUCCUCGCCCUGGUGGCCGUGGCCGCCGCGCAGCCCCAGUUCGCCGCCGCGCCCGUCCCCAUCAUCAACCACGAGCUGGUCCGCGACGACUUCAACCAGUACGCCCUGCGCUACCAGACCGGCGACGGUGCCUCCUUCGCCGACCACGGCAAGCUGGUGCCCGGCCCCGAGGGCCACGUCCUCGUCAGGUCCGGCUCCCACGCCUACCGCGCCCCCGACGGCAGGGUCAUCACCCUGUCCUACACCGCCGACGAGAACGGAUACCACCCCACCGGUGACCACCUGCCCGUCAGUGUGCCCGCCCAGUUCUAAGCCACCGCCACCGUCAUCACCCUUCGCCCCGGAAUAACUAGUCAUGGCGCCCAGCGCCCGAUC